AUGGCUGCUCAAAUCGCUGGUUCUAAGGUCCUGCUCCUGGGCUCAGGCUUCGUUACCAAGCCCACUGUUGAUAUCCUUGACAAGGCUGGUGUUGAGGUUAUCGUCGCUUGCCGUACGCUCGACAGCGCUCAGAAGCUCGCCGCUGGCUUCAAGCACACCAAGGCUAUCUCUCUCGAUGUUAGCAACGAUGCUGAGCUUGACAAGGCCAUGCAGGGAGUCUCUGUUGUGGUCUCUCUGAUUCCUUACACCUUCCACGCUACUGUUAUCAAGUCUGCUAUCCGCACCAAGACCAACGUUGUUACUACUAGCUACGUUUCUCCUGCUAUGGAGGAGCUUGAUGCUGAGGCUAAGGCUGCUGGCAUUACUGUCAUGAACGAGAUUGGUCUGGACCCCGGUAUCGACCACCUUUACGCCGUUAAGGCUAUCGCCGAGGCCCACGCUGCCGGCUCCAAGGUUACUGGCUUCGUUUCCUUCUGUGGUGGUCUCCCUGCCCCCGAGGCUAGUGGAAACCCCCUGGGUUACAAGUUCUCCUGGUCCAGCCGUGGUGUCCUGUUGGCUCUACGUAACGCUGCCCGCAUCUACCAGGACGGCAAGCUGGUCGACAUCGCUGGCCCUGACCUGAUGGCCACCGCUAAGCCCUACUACAUCCUUCCCGGCUUCGCCUUCGUCGGAUACCCCAACCGUGACUCCACCUCUUUCCGUGAGCGUUACGAUAUCCCCGAGGCCCAGACCGUCAUCCGCGGUACCCUGCGUUUCCAGGGUUUCCCCGAGUUCAUCAAGGUUCUCGUCGACACCGGUUUCCUCAAGGACGAGGCCAGCCCCGUCUUCGAGAGCUCCAUCCCCUGGAAGGAGGCUACCCGCCAGCUUCUGGGUGCCGCCUCCUCCUCCGAGAAGGACCUUGCCGCGGCCGUCGAGUCCAAGACCUCCUUCCCCAAUACUGAGGAGCGUGACCGUAUCAUCUCCGGUUUCCGCUGGAUCGGUCUCUUCUCCGACGAGGCUACCACUCCCCGUGGAAACGCUCUCGACACCCUCUGUGCCGUUCUCGAGAAGAAGAUGCAGUACGAGGAAGGUGAGCGUGACAUGGUCAUGCUGCAGCACAAGUUCAACAUUGAGCACAAGGAUGGCUCCAAGGAGACCCGCACCUCUACUCUGUGCGAGUACGGUAACCCUGCCGGUUACUCUGCUAUGGCUAAGCUUGUUGGUGUUCCUUGCGGUGUUGCCGUCAAGCAGGUCCUUAACGGUACCAUCUCCAAGACUGGUAUCCUUGCUCCUAUGACCAUGGACAUCUGUGGCCCUCUUAUCAAGGAGCUGAAGGAGGAGUUCGGCAUCGAGCUGAUCGAGCGCACCGUUUAA